AUGGAAAAUGUGUCAACCCCAUUCCUAGGCCAAUUUCGAAGUAGAGAAAAUCAUUGCAUAUAUUUAAAUAAAAAAGAAAUUAUAAUUUUAAUCGCAACCAACUGGAAACCUGAAUCAGGGCUCCGAAACCAAUACAAAUUUAACACAAAUCCUAUCAUUACCAAUAUCCAUUUAAAACUUUUUAAAACCAGUUGGAACUCAAAUUUCAACCCCUUUAAGAGAACACUUUAUAAAUAUAGAAGUAACCAGGCGCUAUAUAUUAAACUAUCCCCGGUUUUUUUACUGAGCACUCUAGCCGUGUUUUUCAGGCCUGAAUUUUUGACAAAAUUAAGACUUUCAUGGUCAGAAUGCUUAACAUUAACUGAAGUGGAACCAGGAAGACAUGAAUUGUCAUCACUUCGAGAUAUUAACCUACCACUAUUCAUCAACAAGCUAAACCUUUCUACAAAUGAACUGAUAUUCCUUAUAUCAGCAAUAUUCAUAACAUUGUAUACAGUAGUUUUAAUGAGUUGUAUCUGGCUGACGGGGUUUAAACUAUGUUUUUUCUAUGACCGAUGUAGAUUUAGAGAAGGAACGCAAGGAUUCUCUGACUUUGUAACUAAUAAGGCGACACACAUCUUCAUUAACGAAAUCGUGUUGGAUACGAAUUUCCUCACGAUUAACCGGACAAAUAAACUGUUAUUGCCACUAUACAGAACGGGCUUCAUAUACUAUAUACAUGAUUAUAAAAAGUUUGUGUUCAAAGUAGGAAGUGGACGUUUUGAGCCGGUGGAGCACUUCGAUGAGGUCCAAGUACCGCAAAUAUUAAACUGGAGAGGAUUAUUGAGUAUGUCGGAAGGAGUGGAAAAGUCCUGUGGCUUCGAACCAAAUUUAAAUGUUUGCGCAGACUAUUAUGGACCAAACGAUUAUGAAAUCCCAAGGUGCAGUUUCUGGAAAAUGCUGUUAGAAGCCUUUAUGGCACCUUUCUUCCUGUUCCAAGUUACGUCAACUCUGCUGUGGAUCUUCGAUGACUAUCUUUAUUAUUCACUCAUUUCCAUCUUUUCCAUGGUGUUAAUUGAGGUGCAAAUGGUAUAUAAAAGGAUUAUUGAAUAUAAUAGAAUUAAUUCUAUGAAGUUGCCGCCAUUCAACAUCUACGUAUAUAGAGAUCACAAAUGGCAAGUCACCCUCACAAAUUUACUCUACCCAGGCGAUAUUAUCCUGAUCACUACCAACUCUAUUAAUGUUCCAAACACAUCAAGUACUGUUAAAAAUAAGAAUAAGAAUGUUGUAAAUAAUAGUAAUAAAGUUAAUAACAAGAAUAACGUUAACGAUGAGAUAAUUAUAUGCCCGUGUGAUUGCUUAAUACUGGAAGGAGAAGUGAUAGUGGAUGAGUCGAUAUUGACAGGAGAAUCAAUACCACAGUUUAAAACUAGCGUUGAAGAUAACUCUGUUAAUCAGAGAAACUCAACGAUUUUCUCAGGUACGACCAUCAUACUGACCAAAAACACUACAACCGCCAACACAUCCAAUACAAGUAGCACCUCACCUAGUAGUGCUGCAGGCGCUUCUCCUAAUAGUAGUUUGAAGAAUGUGAGUUAUAGAGGAAUAGAAAAAAUGGUUGGAAACGGUUCAAUAUGUUUAGUAAUCAGAACAGGAUUUGAGAGUUAUCAAGGCCGUUUGGUGCAUUCAAUACUAAAUAGUGACCCGAAUAAGGUAGUGGGAAGUAAUGCGCAAGGUUACAUGUUCUUGCUUCUAUUAGUGUUAUUUGCAGUUGCAGCUGUAGUGGUAGUGGUUAGAAACAGCAACUACAAAAGUGUGAAAAAGUUGUUACUGGUAACUUCGAGAAUUUUAGUGUCGGUGAUUCCGCCAGAAUUCCCAGUCACACUUUCCAUGGCUGUCACUAUCGGUCUGAUUCAGCUGAGGAAAAAAGGUAUUUAUUGCACUGAGCCGAAUCGACUCCCACUGGCCGCUAAUAUUGACGUCAUUGCAUUUGAUAAAACGGGCACUCUCACACAAGACCAAAUGUAUCUCAACGGACUCUACUAUAGCAGUUCCACGGAACCAUUAGAUAACGCAGUAAAUCAGAGCUCACCCAAUGGAGUGGAUGAAACUGUGAUGAGGUACUAUAGUAAAUUGGUGAUCGGAGGGUGUCAUUCGUUAACCAACGUCAACGGAGCAAUAACAGGCGACCCAAUGGAGAAAAUAUCAUUUACACAUUUUAAUAAUCAAAUCGAUCGUAGUAACAAUAACAUUGUAUAUAUUAAUAACCCGCAGGGACAAAUUAAUCUUAAAAUACUCAAAAGAUGGAGAUUCACUUCAGAAUUGGGUAGAAUGUCAACCAUCGUCAGUAGUCAUGGCCACACAGGAAACCUAACUACUAUUAGUAGUAGUAUAACAAGUGCAAGGAGUGAGUUGUUAUUAUUAACGAAAGGAUCACCAGAGAAGGUGAAGAUGCUGUUAAGGUUAGUGCCGAGUUACUUUGAGGAGGUGUGUCAUGAUUUGACAAUCAAGGGGUUAAGAGUGCUAUGCUUAGCAUAUAAGCGUCUAUACGAUAUCCCAAUAAACGCAUUAAUAACAAUUGACCGCAAUAUAGUGGAGAAAGACCUGGAGUUUUGUGGGUUCUUGGCCUUAGAAGCGCCCAUAAAAAAUUCAAGUAAACUUUGCAUGAAAAGACUUAAAAACUUUAAAAAAAUCAUGAUCACAGGUGAUAACAUCUUAACCGCAUGUUAUGUCACUCAGCAAAUCAACAUGGUCAAUGACAAAUCUACAAUUAUAUGUCCAAUCAAUUGCACAAGUCAUCUGACCAAAAAUUUAUUCUGUAAAAAUAAUUUAGGCGGAAAACACGGCUUAUUUGGUGGCAAAAAUAGCCUAUUUAAUAAAAGCGUGUUUGGUGUAAAGGGCGGGAUGACUAUGAAGGAAUAUCUGAAGACGUAUAAUUAUGAAUUGGACGACGAAUGCCCAAUCAGUAACGUGAAGAUGAAAACAAUACAAAAGUGCCCAAUUUACAAAGAAACAAAUUGUCCGUUUCUACAAAAAUCACAAAAAAAUCCAAACUAUAUUCAAAGAUGCCCAUUGAAUCAGUCGUUGUCCUCAAAUACGACCAAUUUAAUGGGCAGCAGCAGGAAUAGUUACAAAAAAUUCCUAGAAACCUGCCCAUUCAAGUAUUAUUCUAACAUGUCAACUAAUACUGGAACUAGUAGUGUAAAGAGUAGCUCGGAGGAAAAUAAACUUGCAGUGGAUAACCCAGUGGAAGUUACAAAGAGAGUUAGUUCCGGUGUUUCAACCAGUAAAGUUAGUGGAUGUCCGAUAGGAUACAUGCGGAGAAAGUUAUGGAGUAUGUAUAUGCUGGUGUUGAAGGUGUUAUUUCCAUAUUACUAUCACAUGUAUUAUGAAAUGGCAGAGUCUGAAGAUUAUGAGGACGGCUCCAAUAACUUUGCAAUUCUAAGCUUCAGCAAAGGCAAUUUCGUCUGGAAGAAAAGGAACGGAGAAGAUUUCUUCCCCAACUCCACAACGAAACAAGUUUUAAAUAAUAUGUACAGAUUAAUGCCUAAUCAUAUCCUCUCAAUCACGGGUAACAUCCUACAAUUAUUACUGAACAGUAAUAAUACACCUACGAAUACUACUAAUAGUCCCAACACUUCCAACACCAAUACUCCGAAUAUUCUCAGUACCAACAAUGCUAGCGCAACAGGCUGUGAGAUAGAAUUGAGUGAAGUAAUAAUGAUAAUAAAUAACUGUAGUGUGUUUGCGAGAAUGUCACCGCAGCAAAAGGAGUUUAUAAUAAAGUGCUAUAAACUUAACAACAAAACUAUCGCAAUGUGUGGUGACGGGACCAAUGAUAUCUCUGCACUCAAGCAAGCAGAUAUCGGAAUCUCAUUACUCAAUAUCAUACACAAAGAUGAUAAAUCCAAACCUGAUUUCAUAUUGGAUAAUGAAUUACCGAAUAUAAAGCUAGGUGAAGCUAGUAUAGCAAGCCCAUUUACAUAUCACGGAAGUGAUGUUAAUUGCGUAUUCAACCUCAUCAAAUCAGGAAGAUGCUCUCUAUAUAAUCUCUUCAUGCUCUAUAAACUCAUGGGAAUUAAUUCUCUUAUCACAGCACUAGGAAUGUCAGUUUUGGCGUUGGAUGGAGUGAACUUUAGUGAUGCUCAGACGACAUUAUAUAGUGUGUUAUACACAUAUCUGGUCCUAUCACUAAAUAAAAGCAAGUGUAUCGAUGUGACGUGCGACAAGAAGCCAGAAAAGUCAAUAUUCAGCCCCUGCAACUUCAUGAGCCUGGUGUUGCAGAUACUAGUGCACUCGUACUUUCUAAUAUACGUGUGGAACAUGGGGAAGAUGUAUAGAAGCGCUGACUAUAAAGGAUACCUGGAUAUGGACUUCGAACCCAAUGUAGUCAACACCCUGCUCUACUACGUCUGGUACGCAAUCAACCUCAACAGCUUCGUGAGCAACUACAUCGACUACCCCUACAUGGACACAAUCGUAAAUAACAAGUUCCUCUUCAAGCCAGUGCUCUUCUCAUAUUUCACAAUGCUGCUAUUCAUCUCAGACCUAGUCAAGCCACUAAACUCAUUCUUCUCACUAGUGCCAAUCAACCACACACUCAAGCUUAAAAUCACGGCAGUAGUAUUUCUGGAUUUCAUUUUAACUUUUGUCAUAUCCAAACUCAUCAACUUCUUCUACUACUCAUUCGACUAA